AUGGGCGCCGCGCCGGCCAUGCGUCGCAACGCUCCUCCACCCGAGGAGGAGGCGAUGGUGUUUGAGAUGAGCCACGAGCACUGCGGAUAUGACUGCGAGACGUCUCCGCCGAGUGCGGCGGCGGCACGGCAUGAGGUUGGGCGAGGCGGCUUUUCGCUGCAUGCAGUCGAGCCUAGUCCCGUCGAGUGGUGGGCGGCUCUCGUCGAAAGCGCGAAGCCGCAGGAAACCGUCCAGUCGGCUCGCUCGCUCGCCCUGUCGGGCGGAGGCGCCCGCCUCCCAGGCUGGUGCAUCCCACGGCUGUGCUGCGAGCAGGGCAUCUCGCCGGCGGCGUUGCACGCAGCCUUCUACCUUCACCAAGGCAACCCGGUCGUCCGGGCCGCGGCCCAAGCGCUGCGAGCGCUUGUCUUUUUGCCAAAGGCCUCCUGA